GAAACUAAACAUGAGACAGAGACUCAAACGAAUGGACAUAAAUUAUAUUUUCUAAUAGAUGCUUCUACCCGAGUAAGAGAGAGCCGAGUUAAGAAGGAGGAUAGGAAGGCGGGAGGGGGUAAAUCUCUCUCGCUCUCUCUCCGUCUUUACCUCCCCGACACAUCUCUCCAGUAGUGCUCUCUCUUUCCGACUCCUGAGGAGGCAGAGACGGCUAACUGUCCGUUAACGACCCGAGCAUCUCUGACAUCCAAACGCAAUUAGCAUACUAAACAGAACAUUAUAUUCGCGUUGUAGUUAUCGUAAAAGUGGCAUACAGGUAGAUUAUAUACAACAUUGUUGUUUUGCCGUAACAUCGAUCGACAUUAUGAAACUUUAAAUAGUCUUUUUUGGCUAUGUGAAAGGUUAGACAAUAACAAGUGCUUGCUGAAGCCUACAUGACACAUUUCGGUUCAAAUCAAUCGGAGUCAUAUCUCGUGAUCUCUUCUCAUCGCGAGCUUGGGGAUUGUGCAAUUUCCACGUCGGCGAUGUUGUUUUCCAUUUUAAUCGAUACAUGAGACCUGAGGUCAAGAGUCAAGAUUUUAUGCCUUUGACGUGGAUUGCCUCACGUUGAAUAUAAUUCAAACUACUGAAACUUGUAUGACACGGAUUAUUAAAGAUGAGACGCUUAUUUUGACUAUUACAGUGGAAUAAAGUGCAGAGCAUCAUCACCGCACCUUCAGGAUGUUCAAGCGAGGCUGUGGUCUGGAGUUUCUCCUGGUGCUGUGUGGUUUAGAGUUAACCCAGGCGUGUCCCCAUCACUGCAUUUGCUACGAUUCUCCCAGCACGGUGAGCUGCCAGGCUCACAACUUCCAGGUGGUUCCGGAGGGAAUCCCUGCCCAGAGCGAACGCGUCUUUCUUCAGAACAACAAGAUCCAGCGACUGCUCCAGGGUCAUUUCAGCCCGACCACUGCCAUGCUUUGGCUGUACUCCAACAACAUCUCAUACAUCCAGCCCUCCACGUUCAUGGGCUUCUCCCGCCUGGAAGAGCUUGAUCUGGGAGACAACCGCCAUCUCCAUUCAUUGGCCUCUGACACUUUUGAGGGCCUGACUCGACUCCAUGCCCUACAUCUAUACCACUGUGGCCUAAUCAGUCUUCCCGCUGGGUUAUUUGAGGGGCUGCACAACCUGCAGUACCUCUAUUUACAGAACAACCAGCUGGAGUUUCUCGAGGAUGAUAUGUUCAUUGAUCUACUCAAUCUCAGCCACCUAUUUCUGCAUGGAAAUCGCCUGUGGAGCCUUCACCAGAACACUUUCCGUGGCCUUGGGGCACUAGAUCGCUUGCUUCUCCAUCAAAAUCGACUCCAGUGGGUCCAUAAACAGGCUUUCCACGACCUGCGCCGCCUGACAACCCUCUACCUGUUCAACAACUCUUUGCCUGAGCUACCAGCCGAGAGCUUGACUCAUCUACCUGCACUAGAGUACCUGCGUCUCAACGACAACCCUUGGGAGUGCGACUGUAAAGCCGUGCCACUCUGGGAUUGGCUACGGCGCUUCCGUGGCUCAACCUCUGCAUUAGAAUGCGUGGCUCCACCAGAACUGGCAGGAAAGGAUCUAAAGCAGUUGACGAAAGAAGAGCUACCUUCUUGUACGGGCUCAGAGUCCCUCCAUCAGAGCAAAUCCAGCAACCAAGGGGACGUAGGGGUAUCACUUAAAAAAGAACAUCAUCACCGAUCACACAAUCAUCAUCAUCCUCAUCUGCCACAUCAAGAUCAAUACUAUCCCACCUCUCCAUCGCCUCUUCCUCGACCGCCCAAAUCUGGCCGUAACAGAAACUGCACAAGGCAUCGUAGCCGCAAGGGUAAGGGUCAGAACGAGGUGUAUAACCUUAAGGAGUUAGCCAAUAAGGAGUCUGAUGAAAAACAUGACCCUUCAAAGCCAAGAAGAAAGAACAAAUGCAUCCCACAGACUUCAGUGGGGCCCCCUAGUGGUGUGCAAAGGGCAAACAGCAGGGCAGUGUCCCUCUUGGCACCUUAUUACAUAAUUCCUGUUUGCUUAUUGGUGUCUCUCACUGCCCUUAUUUUCCGCUGAGCCUGUGGAAGUCUGUAUUAAUGGUUUUACCAUAAAGUCAGCCCUCUGUCUAAUCUGGCUCCUAACUCUUAAGUGUGUGAAUGUGUGUAUGUACAUGUGAACCAAAGUGUGCGGUACCUUGGCGAGCCCAUAUUGAGGAACAGAGGACUUGUAUCAACUUGCGGGACUGGAAUAAAACCGGAGACUAAAACAAACUCUGGGGUUUGAGGACCUUAAGAAAGAGACAAGACACUAAAUGGAAUCCUCAAUCGUAUCCCUCCACCAUUUUUACACCUGGGUCAAAAUCGUGGGCCCUGUCUCUUUAUAUCCUGUUGCUCCUGAUAGAUUAACUUGAUCUAUAACCAGAGCAUAUACAAAUACAGAAGAAGAUCAUCUUCUGUGCAUUUGUUAAGUGCAUUCAAUUCUACAUUACACCUCUGCUGGAUCAUUAGCUGCCCACUGUGGUCAAGAUCAGCAACAUUAAAACUUUCAUGUCCCUGCCCUACCCUUUGACCUGUACAUGGUCCAAAUUCAUAAACAAACCAUUAAGACAGACACACAGAUGUGAGCUGCUGCACUAAUGUGUUUCUCAAUAGUUUCUGGGGGAGGGUUGUUAACACCUAUAGCAUGUGACAAAAUAAAAGCUAAGCACACAAUAGAGGUAUUGUGUUAGGUGUUAUAAGGUUGAUUUUUUUAUUACAUAGGCUACAUUUUGUAACUAUUGAUUUGGUUGCAAUAUACACACAUUAGAGUCUACUGUUCUUAAGCUGCUAUGUUGGUACUCUGAGAUCACUAAGAGAAAAAGGGAGUUGUACGAAGGAUUAUGGGAUGGCUCUGGGUUUGGGUGUGUCUGUCUGUGUUCUAUAUUUGUUGACUGACCAUUGGGGAUAAUAUUUGAAAUAAAAAAUAGAGGGACACAUUUUUAUAAAGAAAUGAAAAGGUCAAGGGAAACUCGUCCAAAAAGCAUAAUCUGUUAUCUAUCACUUGGAUGCAAUAGUUUGUUACUUUCUAACCGAACAAGGUUAAUGUGAAACUGUUUUUGCAACUCAUUUCACUUCCAUAAUGUGACAUUUCAGAGUGAAACAGUAUAUUCACUGAUAAAAGAAUGAAGGGCAAAACUUCUCUAUAUGACAUAUGGUUGGAAGGGGAUGAAAAAUGACUGUGGUGAUGUCAGGCAAAAAAGAAAGUUGUUUUAGAGGACAAAAUUAUUACAGUUUGGUGAAAAAGUAUUUAUUUUUAUUUAUUUUUUGUAACAUGCAUCAAUGUAUCAUUCACAAAAAGACCAGUAUUGUGUAUUAAAAAAUUUGUAUUUUGUUGACUUUAAGAUCUGCACAUGGUACAGUUAGGACAUUUUAUGAGGAAGACUCAAACGGGCAUUAAUUUAGAACGCCAGAAUUGACUGCAAUUCUGCAGUGGUAACAUAAUUAUCCUUGCAGUACAUCAAGAAACAUCCAUCACUCACGUUCUCUGAAACCUCCAGCUGUUGAUCCAUAGGGGAAAAAAAAAUUCUGAAUUCUACGUCUGAGAAAUUAUCAAAGAAAAGUUACAGAGCCCCCUUUUGGACAGGUGGAGCAAUAGCACUUUCCCCCACUGCUUCCCCUUGAAAGACUAUCUACCUUUGGAAUUUAUAUAAAAGUGAACUGAAAACAUUUUGACAUGUCCAUUGUGAAAAUGUAAUUGUUUAAUAUUUGUCACUUAUCAGCAACAACAAAAUAACUAUGUCACCAGUUGUGAAAAUUAUUUUGCAUUCAUGUACUAUUUAUUUGUACAUUUGUUUGCUGACAUACUGCAGUUUUUGACAUACUAAGAGCACCAUACUAACACCUUUCUAUUGUCUUUGAUAUGUCCUUUAUAUCUCUUCCUGCCUUUCUUUCCUCUCAUGACUCCAACUUUCCAUCUGUUGUAAUCAAACACCACCAGACUAUGAAGCUGUUUCUGAAGAACAUUAAAGAGAAAUGUUGU